CGAAUCUCAUGCAUGAAAAGACCAUAAUUUCAUCAGCUGAGGAGCUCACUGGUAUAUCAAAGCUCGAAAGGAUGGCUCUGCAAGCUCUUACUAUUUUCCCAUUCCCUGGUCUCCAAAAUACAGAUAUUUCAGUUCCUCGUGAAGCGGUGGACGAGGAUCCAGGAAGUUCUCCUAACAAGUCGAGAACAACAGAGCUUUCAACCGCUGCAGAUAUUCUGGAUUCAGACAUGCCGCAGAUUGUUUGGAAUAAACGGGAGGUGACAAGUAUCGUGUUCACUUGCCCGGAUGCAGCUCCAGCCAUAGUGGAUUCAAAUGGAGCAAUAAGAAUCCUAAUUUAGUGCUUCAUGAUUGUGCAGUGGUUUGUCUCUUCCUACACCCAUUGCCGUGAUGAGCAACAACAAUAUACGAGUACAUUUCAUUUCAUUUUUUGGGAAACAAAACACAGAAUAAGCAAGGAUACUGCGAAUAAUUUUUAUUAUCUAUUUUGUUGAUUGGGAUUUUCGAAAUGCACAAUUAAUAAUUUAUGACAUAAAAGUAUUCA